UGUGCAUUUGCGGCGCGUAAGUUUUGAGUUAUUUUGACGGCGUUGCACCGCACAAUACCUAUUUAUUUCGCGGGACGUUCAUAGACACCGUGAUUUAUCUUGAUAAUUUUACUUUAUUUUAUUGUAUUCAAUUGUUAAAUAAAUCAUUGUCAAGUUCAGUGUCAUUGGUGUUCGUUAAUUUGUGAGCUUUCAAGUGCUUUGUGACAAUUUAAAUUGAAAUUAAUUGGAUUAAAACAUGAUAAAUUAAGAAUGAGGUUUAAAGAGAAGUUUCGCAGAAAAUACAGCGCGAUGUGGCAGUUUUUCUGGUACGUCGUUAUCAGCGUCUUCUUCACGAUAAACUUAACAGGAGCUGCACGGAGGUCGCAGAUGAACGGCACAUGGAUAACCAAAAAUGAAAAAAAGCAGGAAAUGGAAGUGGCAGAGAAAGAGAAAGGAGACGAACCGUUAUAUGGUCGUUGUAAAUUUGUUUUGUUUAUGUUGCGGUCUCUUUACGCCCAAAAAAAACAAUACAAUAUUCCAUUACAAAAUUUUAUGAGAUGUACCUACCAGCGGUUAUUAAUCUAUACAGGAAUAUUAAAUGGACCUGAUACACGAUGUUUAAUGAAAGAUCAAGCAUUCGAAAAUGCUCUCAAAAUUGACGAGCUUGUCCCAUAA